UCGGGGCAUCACGACGUCACACAGUCAGACAGAUCACAGCGAGUCGUUGGAUCACGGCGAGCGUUUCAAACUUUCAAUGGCUUGCGAUUUAACGCAUCGAUUCCGCGGCCGCCCCGCGGUACACACGAGCAGAUAAACGGCAGCUUUAUUUUGUCGUGAGACUGAAUCGUUCCUACGCAGUGACCUUUCGGAGCGCGAAUGCAGAAUAUCGCGUAGGAGUCGCAGUGCGCGCAGUGACGGUUUUGCUUUCUGCCUGUUUUCCUUCGUCGCUAAAUGGAGUCUCGGGUGGAAUUUAGUCGUGAGGAGAUCAACAGUACGGUAUGGGAAGUCCCGGCAAAGUACGUUUGCUUAAAGCAGAUUGGAACGGGAGCGUAUGGCAGCGUUUGCUCGUCCAUCAACAACAAAACCAAAGAGAAGGUGGCCAUCAAGAAGCUGCACCGACCAUUUCAGUCGGAGAUCUUUGCGAAGAGAGCAUACCGUGAAUUGAGACUGCUCAAGCAUAUGAAACAUGAAAAUGUAAUAGGCUUACUAGACGUCUUCACUCCUGCCACCAGACUGGACGAAUUCCAAGACUUCUACCUGGUGAUGCCGUACAUGUACACCGAUCUCUCUAAAGUCAAGGGCCUUCUUACAGAAGAUCGUAUCCAGUUCUUGGUCUAUCAGAUGCUGUGUGGACUAAAGUACAUUCAUGGCGCUGGCAUCAUUCACAGAGACCUCAAACCAGGAAACUUGGCUGUGAAUCAAGACUGCGAGCUGAAGAUCUUGGAUUUUGGCCUGGCGCGUCAUACAGAUGCUGAGAUGACGGGUUAUGUGGUGACACGGUGGUAUCGAGCCCCGGAGGUCAUUCUGAACUGGAUGCACUACACGCAGACAGUGGAUAUCUGGUCUGUUGGGUGCAUCAUGGGUGAAAUGUUCAAUGGAAAAACACUCUUUAAAGGAAAAGACUACAUGGAUCAGCUGACUCAGAUAAUGAAAGUUGCAGGAACACCAGGCCCAGAAUUCGUGGAGAAGCUGGAAAGCCCAGAGGCAAAGAGUUAUGUCAGAUCCCUGCCCCACUACCCACACAGAGAUUUCUCCACAUUGUUUCCCAGAGCUAGUAAAAAAGCGGUAGAGCUGCUUGAGAAGAUGCUGGUGUUAGAUGCUGAUGCCCGUCUCACUGCUAGUGGUGCGUUGGCACACAGUUAUUUUGAUGGUCUAAGAGAUCCAGAUGACUGGCCGGAGCCUACUGCAUAUGAUGACAGCUACGACAAUGCCACAUUGCCCUUGGAAGAGUGGAAACGUUUAUCGUUUAAAGAAGUGAGAAGCUUUGUUCCUUUCCCAAGAAGGGACUCAAAGAGAAGAAACACACUCACGAUGUCCUAGUGAUAGUGGGUCUGAUGCAGACACCGUACUGUAAUGUUAUUAUACAAUUUAGUUUCUGCCUUGGAACAAUUUUUCUUCCUUAUUCACUCCUAAAUGUAAAAGUACAGUUAAAAGUCAAAAUUAUUAGUCCUCCUGUGAAAUUUCUUUCCCCCAAUUAUUUCCCAAAAUGAGAGCAAGGAAUUUUUCACAGUAUUUCCUUUAAUAUUUUUUCUUCUGGAGAAAGUCUUAUUUGUUUUAUUUUGGCUAGAAUAAAAGCAGUUUUAAAUUUUUUUUUUAAAUUUUAAGGUCAAAAUUAUUAGACAUAUUAAGCUUUUUUUUUUUUUCAGAUUGUUUACAGAACCAACCAUCGUUAUUCUUUAGCCCCUUUCACACAGUGAUACCGGUAAAAAUCCAGAAAAUUUCCGGAUCAACUUUACGGGUAGAUUUAAAAAAGCUCUGUUCAUACAGGCAAGGACAUUGCGGAAUUUUUCCGGAAAAGACUGUUUACAGAUCCAUUCCAAAAUGCUGGUAAAUUCUGACAUCAUUAACCAGAAAUGACUAAUAAUCGACCGCUCUUGUAUUUGUAAACAUUAAACUACAUUACAAACUCUGUGGAUGGAUUAGUAUUGUAAACAAUAUAUAAAUAAAACCUAUGGAGGAACACUGAAUAUUAUGUACACAUAUUAUGUACAUCUUGAUAUGUGACAAAGGCUUUUAUUUUCAUAAACCGUGCGGACGUCAAUGUGUCUGAGUGUUCUGAUUGGCUAAAAUAGAUGUCCUGGGUCUGCGCGUAUUAGACGUGAACGCGUUAUUUCCAGCAAUCUUCCUUCUGCGUUCACACAGCGCAGCAUUCCGGCAAAUUACUGGUAAUGUUACAACUUCUCUUUGCCGGAAAAUUGCCGGAACGAAUUUACCGGUAUUUUUAAAAAAGGCCUGUUCACACAAGCACACUUUUUCGGAAAAUUGACGGUAAUUUUCCGUAAAGGUCUGUAUGUGUAAAAGGGGCUAAUAACUUGCCUAAUUAACCUAGUUAAGCCUUUAAAUGUCACUAAGUGAAUACUAGUAUCUUGAAAAAUAUCUAGUGACAUAUUAUGUGCUGUCAUCAUAGCAAAGAUAAAAUAAAUCCGUUAUUAGAAAUGAGUUAUUAAAACUUUUAUGUUUAUAAAUGUUGAAAAAAUCUUCCUUUUAAACAGAAAUUGGGGAACAAAAAAAGGGGAGCUACUAAAUCAGGAGGGCUAAUAAUUCUGACUUUAACUGUAUAUGAAUAGCAGUAUUUUGUACAAUAACCAGUGCUUCAGGAAUACACUCUUAAAAACAAAGGUCCUGUAAAACAGCAGUUCCCAACAGAGGGGGCCUCAGCAAGCUCUGUGGCGGGUCGCGUCAUAUUUUAAAAACGUUUUUUUAGCAGUGGACAAUUGGGAGAACGAUCAUGUUGCCUUAGUUCAUUUUAUCCCCUGGCUUGCCAAAAAAUAGACAAAUUUGUUAUUCGUCCUCAACAAGAAAGACAGAGUCUCACUGAUUCGCCUUCAGCAACUAAUAGUAAUGACCCAGUUGAGGAAGCUCCAGACAUUUCGGGUCGCAGUGCUAGCAAUACUGGAAACAUGAAAUCCAGGACAUACCAAGAUAGUUACCUGAACUAUGGUUUAUUCCAUUUUCUCGAAGCAGAGUCUUUGACCCAGCCACAGUGCAUUAUCUGCGUCAAAGUUCUUUCUAACAAAUGCAUAAGGCUUUCUAAAUUACUAAGAGAUUUGCAGACAAAUCAACCCCAAUUACCCAAGUUGUACCCAAUACAAACGGCCUACUGAUGUUUUUGUUUUCAUAUUUUACAUUAGGCCAUUAUUUGUGCAUAAACAUAUCUGGAUAUAGUAAUAAACAUGCCGUUUGAUUGAAAACAACCUUAUUUUUGUCAUAUCUACUGCAAACUUACAGUUGAAGUCAGAAUUAUUAGCCCCCCUUUUGAAUUUGCUUUUCUUCUUUAAAUAUUUCCCAAUUGACGUUUAAUAGAGCAAGGAAAUUUUCACAGUAUGUCUGAUAAUAUUU